AUGUCCACAACAGAAUCCAAGUCAAUUUUCUCCAGAAUUAUUUCAUACAUUACCUCAUGGUUUAUGUAUAUUGUUCAAGCAAUUUAUUCUCUCUACAAGGAUGAAUUAGAAAGACAGUCACGAGACGAAACUGACUAUAAAAAGUGGAAACUCUACGAAGAAAUACAAAGAAACCAAGAACAACCUCAACAAUAUGAUGAAGAAAGUGUUCUCGGAGGAACUUGUCCUUCUACAAGCACAGUUUCCAUACAAGAACUAAAAUCAUCUUCGGAGAAGGAAGACGAAACUACAAAGAUAGCAAUUGAAGAAGAUAAGAAGACUACCACUUCUCCUAUUAAACAAGAAAUUCCUGUCACUUCCUCUGUUACAGAAAAGGUUGUAGAGAAGGAAGAAUCUCCAAUGGUUGUCAUCAUCAAACCUAAAGUUGUCAUCAGUGAGCCAACACCAAUUGUUGAAAAGAAACCAGUAGAACAAGAUAACAAACCUGUCAUCACCAAACCAAUCAAUCCAAUUAUUGAAGAAACAAAGAAGAUUCCAAAUGAAACUGUCAUCCAAUCAUCACCUCCUAAACCUGUCAAAGAGCCAGUUGCUGCCACAACUAAAAUUACUCCAAAAUCGACAAGUAAUAGUACUAACAAUGUUGCCACUCAACCAACAACUACUGCAACACCAGAAAAGCAAUCAAAACCUGCUGAAAUUUCAGGACUCAUUGGAGAACGUUUAAAGAUGAAGAAGUUUAGAAACUUUUCUGGAAAUGCAUACAAUUCCUUAAUCAAACCAAGUAGUAAGGAAGAUGCAAACAAUAAGAAGGAAGUUACAUCUAGUACUAUCACUACUCCAGUCGCUUCAACUCAAGAGGUAAUUCAACAAUCUAAUAACCAACUCAUUCAAAGAAAGUUGAGUUCCAAACCAAAGAAGGUUUCAAGACGUCCUUCUCAACAAACCAUCAAGCAUUCAGAUAUUUUGGCAAAAUUAGAAGAAGAAGCAACUAUUGACUUGCCAGAUGUUGAAAAAUUCAAAGAAUUGGAAGAAUUUUCUCAAUUGGAAAAGAAGGUUGGUCUCGAAAAUGCAAUCAAACAAACGAAGGAAAAGAAGAGUACAACUGCUCCACCACCUCCACCUCUUUCUCAAGUUGUAAAUGUAAAUACUAAUGAUGCCUCUCCAUCCAAAACAAAGAGUGCUAAGGUCACACUUGAUGCCAUCUUGAAUGCCAAGGGUUCACUCAGAAAAACCACUGAAGAAUGGAAGUGA